AUGUCAAACAGACCUAUUAGAAGAUUCAUUAUGGUCAGUCGAAUCAAGAGCUAUCUGAUCUGUUCUAUCUGCAGUGAGCCUUUCUAUGAUCCAGCAAGGCUUUCAUGCGGUCAUACAUUUUGUAAAGAAUGUAUCUUGACAUGAAGCCAGGACAACAGGACAUGUCCUCAUUGUAGAAAAGCUUUUAACAAGAAAACGAUUGGAAAGGAUCUAAUCGCUGCAUGCUUUAUCAAUGACCUAGAAGUUGCUUGCAACAAUAAAGGGUGCAGUUGGUCAGGUAUUUUAGAAAAUUUAAAUGCCCAUGAGAAAGAAUGCAGGUUUCAUAAGGACAAGAUCGAACCUUGGAUGAACAAAAUUUUGCCACCAUUAAAAGAUAAAUUAAUCUGUUAAAAUAAGAUCACUUAUUUUUUAAAAAAAAUAAAAUAAAUAGAAAAAUAUUAUAAUUAAAGAAUUAAUUAAUAAAGGUUAGUGUACAACGAAUGACAUUGAAGAGCCUAUCGAAGGAUUACUACAAAAACUAAUGGCAAUGUGUCCCGAAAAAAUCAAGGAUAUGUUCUCUGAAAAGUCGUCGCCUGUCUAUAACGGGCUAAAUUUCGAAGAUUUUGGAUUGCAAGAAGACUCAGAAGAGCAAGAAAUGCCACGCAAGAAAACAAAGAUUGACCCUUAG